UUGAUAUAUAGUGGUCAUUUUGGAAAAAGGAUAUGGGCAAUAUAGUAGUUGUUCCUUCUGAAAUCUCAUUUCUUUCCCUAAAUUAGUUAGUCAAUUUUUGAUAUUCUCUUUUAGGUUUAGAACUUUUUGAUGCCUUCAAGACUUUUUCUUUGUUGAUCGGUCGUUAUUUGCAUGAACUUUCUCGAACAUUGAUUAAAUUUUGGGUUCCUUUUAAUUUUUAUUUUUUGGUCAUUAAUAGUGACCUCAUUAAUUGGGCCUAAAGGCUCUGCAAUUUGUGGAUCACAGGGUUCUUUCAUGCUGAAAAUAUGGCUUAAAUUUAGGGCUCCCGGUGGUUUUUUGUCUUCUGAACCACAAUUUGGAGAGUUGAGCUGGUUUUCUCGGAUUAAUUUGAGUAUGUGGUUUUGAUUCGAGCUUUCUCUGUCAUUACAGCUCGAAAUUCAGAAGUUGAACGUUCAAGUUGGUUAAUUUCAUGGUGUUUAUUGAGGCUAGCGCCUUUUUCACCAUUAGAAUUCUGUUUUGCUCCAAUUCACAUCGGAAAUUCACAUUGGAAAUUUCAGGGUUUGUGUGAAUUGAGGCUACGUUUUAGGGUUUCUAAACAAAUUCUCUCUAGAGGGAGAGAGAGAUGAGUGUGGUGGGAUUUGACAUUGGCGACGAAAACUGUGUAGUCGCAGUUGCAAAGCAACGAGGCAUUGAGGUGGUACUGAAUGAUGAAUCGAAGAGAGAGACACCCGCCAUUGUCUCAUUUGGUGAGAAGCAACGCUUUCUUGGCUCUUCUGGUUUGGCCUCAGCCACCAUGAACCCGAAAUCCACAGUUUCUCAGAUCAAGCGCUUAAUUGGUCGGAAAUUUAAUUGCCCAUAUGCACAGAGGGACCUCCAUUUCCUCCCUUUUGCCACCUCUGAAGCCCCUGACGGUGGAAUUUUGAUCCAUAUUCCCUAUAUGGGAGAAACUCGGGUUUUCACACCAGUUCAGGUUCUUGCAAUGCUCCUAUCUCACCUAAAACAGAUUGCAGCGAAGAAUUUGGAGCUUGGAGUAACAGAUUGCGUUAUCGGAAUCCCCUCUUAUUUCACAGAUUUGCAGAGAAGGGCCUAUUUGGAAGCGGCAGCAAUUGCUGGUCUCAAACCCUUAAGGUUGAUGCAUGAUGGCACUGCAACUGCCUUAGCUUAUGGAAUUUACAAGACCGAUUUUGCAAGUUCAGGAGGAACGAAUGUGGUAUUUGUCGAUAUAGGCCACUGUGAUACUCAGGUUUGUGUAGCCUCAUUUGAGCAAGGCCAAUUUAAAGUGUUGGCCCAUGCUUUUGAUAGAGACCUAGGUGGCAGGGACUUUGAUGAGGUCCUCGUUGAUUAUUUUGCAAGAAAAUUCAAAGAAGAAUACAAAAUCGAUGUGCAAACAAAUGUUAGGGCGAGUAUUCGAUUAAGGGCGGCUUGUGAAAAGCUGAAAAGGGUUCUUAGUGCAAAUGCUGAAGCCCCACUUAACAUAGAGUGCUUAAUGGAUGAAAUAGAUGUAAAGGGGUUCAUUAAAAGGGAGGAAUUUGAGAAGCUGUCAGCUGGUUUGAUCGAGAGAGUUCAGGUCCCUUGUGAAAAGGCCUUAAACGAUGCAGGAUUGGGUUUGGAGAGGGUUCAUUCUGUGGAGCUUGUGGGGUCUGGCUCUCGUAUACCUGCGAUUGCAAGGAUGCUUGCAAGUUUCUUUAAGAGGGAGCCAAGCCGCACUUUAAAUGCUAGUGAAUGUGUUGCACGAGGUUGUGCGCUCCAAUGUGCUAUGCUUAGCCCUAUUUAUAGGGUCCGGGACUAUGAGGUUCAGGAUAUAUUUCCUUUUUCAAUUGCAUUUUCAUCCGAUGAAGGCCCUGUUUCAACACCAUCAAGUAAUAUCUUGUUUCCCAAAGGGCAACCAAUUCCAAGUGUUAAAAUGCUUACUUUUCACAGAAGUGGUACAUUUUGUUUGGAAGCAUUUUAUGCUAAUCAGAGCGGGUUACCACCUGGCACAUGUCAAAAAAUUAGCUCUUUCAUGAUUGGGCCUUUCCAAGCCUCUUCCGACAAGUCAAAAGUUAAAGUUAGACUACGCCUAAAUCUUCAUGGGAUUGUUACAGUAGAAUCAGCAUAUUUGAUAGAAGAUGACAUAGAUGCUACAGAUGCUCGGGGUACAGCUCCUCUGAGCACAGAUGAUCAUGAGGCACAUUUUCCAUCUAGAGUUUCCUCUGAUUCUGUACCAAAUGGUGGCGAAAAGGCUUCUGACUAUGCACCUGUUUCCACUGAGAGCGCUGCAGAAGUCCAGCAUUCCAACUUUGAGGGAAAUAGGAAGGGAAAGCCCUCUAGGCGAGCUGAAAUUCCGGUUAACGAGACUGUAUCUGGCUGCAUGUCCAAGGCUGAGCUAGCACAGGUGCAUGAAAUUGAACUUCAACUAGCUCAUCAGGACAGGGUUAUGGAGUUGACAAAGGAUAGAAAGAAUGCAUUAGAAGCUUACGUAUAUGAGAUUCGCAAUAAGCUCUUUGAUAAAUACCGGAGCUAUGCAUCUGAGUCAGAGAGGGAAGGGAUUUCUAGAAGCCUACAACAAACAGAAGAGUGGCUGUAUGAGGAAGGGGACGAUGAAUCUGAGAAGGUUUAUGCUGCCAAACUUGAUGAAUUGAGAAAGCUUGUGGACCCUAUUGAAAAUAGGUUCAAGGAUGAGGAAGCCAGACCUCAAGUGAUUAGAGACCUUUUGAACUGCAUUGUGGACCACAGGAUGGCUGUACAAUCACUAGGGACUAGUGAAAGAGAUGCAGUUAUCAAUGAGUGCAACAAAGCUGAACAGUGGCUUAGGGAGAAAACCCAGCUGCAGGAUGCAUUACCCAAAAAUGUGGAUCCUGUCCUCUGGUCCUAUGAGAUUAAGAGAAGGGCUGAGGCUCUAGACACGGCAUGUAGACAGAUAAUGAGGCCCAAGUCAUCUCCCAUGUGAUCUAAUAAUGAGAAAGACGAGAGCUGAUAACUCUUCAGAUCCAAUGGUCAUGCACAUGCAACCGACAACACAGUCUCUGAAUGAUUUGAGUGAUUUGAGGUCCACAGCCCUAUAUACUACUUUACUUCAAUGUGAGUAGCCUCAAAAAGUUUUCAUCUGAGUGAGCAACCUUAGUUGUUUUACCCUGUAGUUUCAUGUAACUGCCCAGCUUUUUUGUUCCUAUAGGCUUCAUUCUUUGCUCACGGCUUGAGAACAUUUUCUGGGUAACACCUCUCCCUCGACUUUCCUAAGAUUCUUUUGGCAUUUUGUACCAUCCUAAUUACCUUUUGUCCCCAUGCUUGUAUUUUGUAAUUUUGUAUCAAGGGAUCAACAUGACAUUGCUUUAUGCAUAAGACGAUCUCCUAUCUGAAGCACAUGAAUCUUGAAUUUUGCAAGUAGUGAAGUGUUUGUAUGUGUGUUUCUGCGCUCGGGGGGUAUAGAAUAAAAUAUCAUGCUCAAAUGAAGAGUUAAUGGAGGCAACUCUUUUGAGAUAUUGAAAUU